CAGAGAGUUUCAAGACCACUGGCCUGACUAGAUAUCAAUUCCCUUGUGGCAUACUGUAUAUGCAUCUGCAAAGCCAUCAUGGCGAACUCCUGUGUGUUUCCUCGUUGGGGUGCCCUUCUGGCUUUUAUUGUCCUUUCUGUGCUUGCAGUCCUUGUAUCAGACGUUGAAGGAGAAAACCAGUGUCCUCCUUUCUCCUGUGGCGAUCUUCACAACAUUUCCUACCCUUUCCGUCGUCCAGGCGACCCAGCUGAGUGUGGUGUGGCGUCAUACGAGCUGGUUUGUAGCAAUAGCAAGGCUAUAAUUGACAUCAACACAGGAACAUACUAUGUGACUGGCAUCAACUAUACCGGUUCAUACUUCUGGGCUGUAGAUGCCAACUUGGAUAUGAAUAGCAGCUGCCCUCUUCCUCAGUGGAAUCAACUUCCUUAUCCUUCCUGGCGACUUGUUUCAAGCCAGCUUAUUGAUUUGGUAACUGGAGGCACUUGGGCAUGCUUUCUGAACUGUUCACGAGCAAUAACGAACAAUAGUCGGUACAAGCCUGUUGCAUGCCUGAGUACGACCAAUUCAUUUGUUUAUGUCUUAGCUAGUGGCUAUUGUAGCAUCGGACAGCUUGAACCAUCUUGUGGAUACUUGGCCAUGAUUCCCUUUGUUCUCCAGGAUAAUUUUCAAUCAGGUCUACAGGGUCAGGAUGCAAGUUAUGCAGGUAUUGCAGAAAUUACACGGAAGGGAUUUGCUGUUGGAUUUGCUGUUGGUGAAAAUUCCAGGAAGUAUUCAUUUCCUGAGAUCAUCAAAAAAUGCCUGAAUAACUCAACCAGCUACUUCAAGCAGCAAAUAUCUGGCGCAGGCAUCCUGCAUUGGGCACGAGCUUUUUUCUGGAGUGAUAUACAUUUCUUAGAAUGCUUGAUAGUUUGUGAUUCCUCAACAGUAUCCUUAAAUGUGCUUGGUAGAGCCAUAAUAUCUUUCCCCAAGUUCCUUGCUGUAUUAUGCAGGUUCGUGUUGGCGCCCCUGGUCGUAAUGAUUUUUCUUGCCUUCAAGUACUGGAAAACAAAGAUAACAGUCAAUGCAGUUGACAAGUUCUUACGGAUGCAAGAAAUGCUAGGACCAAUGAGGUAUGCAUACACGGACAUCACCGCAAUCACAAGACAUUUCAGAGACAAGCUGGGUCAAGGGGGCUACGGCUCUGUGUAUAAGGGUGUUUUGCUGCCAGGCGAUGUCCAUGUCGCUGUCAAGAUGCUAGAGGGCAAAGCCAACUGUGAUGGAGAAGAUUUCAUCAGUGAGGUCUCCACCAUUGGUAGGAUCCACCACAUCAAUGUGGUGCGCUUAGUGGGAUUCUGCUCAGAGGAAACGAGGAGAGCGCUGGUCUAUGAGUACAUGCCUCAGGGUUCUCUAGACAAGUACAUCUUCUCAUCAGGAAAGAGUUUCUCCUGGGACAGGCUCAAUGAAAUUGCUUUGGGCAUUGCAAGGGGGCUCGACUAUCUGCAUCAAGGGUGCGAUAUGCAGAUAUUACACUUUGACAUCAAACCACACAACAUCCUUCUUGAUAGCAAUUUUGUCCCAAAAGUUGCUGAUUUUGGUCUUGCCAAAUUGUACCCAAGGGGAAACAGCUUUGUGCCUCUGAGCAUCUUACGGGGAACUGUUGGGUACAUAGCUCCUGAAAUGAUAUCUCGGAGCUUUGGUGUCAUAUCUAGCAAGUCCGAUGUUUACAGUUUCGGGAUGCUGCUACUGGAGAUGGCUGGAGGGAGAAGGAACGCUGAUCCAAACGCAGCAAAGUCAAGCCAAGCCUACUACCCAUCGUGGGUGUAUGACUGUCUGACUGAACAAGGAGUGGAUGAAAUAUCUCUUGCUGCUGAGAUGCAUGAGUUGGAGAGGAAGCUCUGCAUUGUCGGGUUAUGGUGCAUUCAGAUGAAAUCUCAUGACCGACCGGCAAUGAGUGAGGUCAUAGAGAUGCUGGAAGCGGGCAUUGAUAUCCUGCAAAUGCCUUCGAGGCCCUUUUUCGGUGAUGAGGGGCGCAUCCAUGUGGAGGAUUCUUACCACUUGUCAUCCGAGCUGACUGCGAUCUCGGAGGAGGAUGAGCAGAAUGCACAUCUGUGAGGUAACUGGAAGGUCUCAGUUCCCACUCAACUCUUUGCAGAUGCCACUUUAUAAUGAUUUAGUGGAGGAAAGAUGCAGUAGCGGUUCAAGCUGUACCUAGUAUAUGGAUUACUGUACUAUACUUUUAGACGCCUGUGAACUUCAGAUACAUGUAAUUGCAAGCAGUUGGAA